GAGACAGGUUACAAAUACUAUGAUCUGAAGUGUAGGCUGUUAUUGAAGAGAUUGAUUAAAAUAUAUGGUAUAAAGUAAUGACAAAUGUACUGAAGAAUUUAAAAUACUUCUUUCGUAGGCCACUUGUAAAAUAUGGCAUGCCAUUUUUCAUAUUAAUUAUUGGGGGCUCCUUGGGCUUAAGAGAAUUUUCACAGCUUAGGUUUCAGUAUUCGAAAACUAAUCUUAUAAGGCCUGCAGAAGCUGAGGUUUAUGGAGUUAAGAUGAAGAAACCUGGUGAAGUGACUCUGCAAACUGAAUAUGAAAAAAUUAAAUCAAUAGAUACUGAAAAUUGGGAAAUGGUUAGAGGUCCAAGACCAUGGGAAGAAAACUCUUCAAAGAAAUGACACAUUGCAAGAUUAAUUAAUAAUUGAAAUGUUCCUUAGUAAUGUCUCCAUUAUAUUUUAAAGAAAUGUUUGUAUAUAAAUUGCUCAAAGAAAGUUUUAAAAACAUUUCAUAGAGUUUUUGAUUUUUUAUUUUUGAAGUUCAAUUGAUCAACUUUUUAGUACCUAGCAUCAGAGGU